UUCAUUCGCAAAUCGUAUAGCGAGCUUAAUAGACGAAAGGUGCCUUUUAACCAUGCUCAAUAUUUUCAAUAUACCGUCACCUGAUCCCAAUCCGUUGCCCCUAACGAAUUCACCAUGGCCGAUCUUUCUGAUCGUCACAAGUUAUUUGCUAUUUGUUCUCAAAGUUGGUAAGAUCUAUAUGCGAAAUCGAGAGCCGUACGACUUGACAAAUGUGUUGCGCGUCUACAAUCUGGGCCAGGUGGCAUACAAUACCAUCGUAUUUAGUACUACAUUCUACUAUCUGAUCAUUGAGGGCAUUUGUGAUCUGCACUGCAUGGAAACGUUUCCCUUGGGGCAUCGGCACAAAAACAUUGAGCGCUAUAUACACUAUGCCUACUACAUCAACAAGAUCAUCGAUCUGCUGGACACGAUAUUCUUUGUGCUGCGGAAGAGUUACAAGCAGAUCUCAUUUCUGCACGUCUAUCAUCAUCUGAUAAUGGUCGUUGGCUGCUAUUUGGUUAUGCGAUUCUAUGGCACCGGCGGUCAUUUCAAUUGUCUCGGCCUGUUCAACACGUUUGUGCAUGCCUUUAUGUACUUCUACUACUUCCUCUCGGCGCAUUAUCCGGGCGUCAAAGCGAACAUCUGGUGGAAGAAGUACAUAACGAUAACACAACUCGUACAGUUCAUAAUUAUCUUCAUUUAUUCCGUCUACGUGCUGAUCUUUGCCCAGAACUGUAGCUUCCCCAAAGGUUUGACAAUGCUCCUCGGCUUUCAGUCGUUGCUCAUGAUGUAUAUGUUUGGCAAAUUCUAUAUCAAAACUUAUACAAACGACCAGAAGAAACCCAAACAGAAGUAAGCAUUAU